AUGUGUCCCUUACUGCCGGAAGCCUGCCAGGAGCGGCUCCUUGUCCGUACCCACACUGCACUUGCAAUCACUCCCUGCCCUCGCCUAGCGCCUAGGUGUCACAUGCCCACCAGCUUACGCUUGGCUCGUCCUCGAACCACACCCAAUAAAUUGAACAUGGUUGGUAGAGAUAGAGAUAGAGGAGCUGAAGGCUCCAAUGACCUCAUAGAACGCAUGACUCAAAUUCUAGAGACCAUGGUACACAACCAAGGCAGAGAGUCGGUUGAGUACCAAGGAUUGUCUGCCUUUACUAGGCACGAUCCUCCAAAGUUUGAGGGAGGAUUCAACCUUGAGGGAGCUCAAAGGUGGUUGGCGGAUGUUGAGGAGGUCUUCAAUGCAAUGGGGUGCCAUGAGGAGCACAAAGUGAGUUAUGCUACCUACUUGCUAUGUGGGGAGGCAGAAAAUUGGUGGAGGUUUGCCGGUCAGACAUUGCCACAAAAGGAUGGCUAUGUUCAGUGGGAGACCUUCAAGGCAAUUUUCCUAGGGAAUUACUUUCCCCGAGAUUUGAGGAAGCAGAAAGUUCGUGAAUUCCUUGAACUGAAGCAAGGAAGCAUGACAGUAGAGGAAUAUGCAACAAAGUUCCAAGAGCUGAUGAAGUACUGGCCUCACUACCAACAUGGGGAUGGUGAGAAGGACUUGUGUGCUCAGUUUGAGCACAGGCUGAGGCCAGACAUCCGAGCUACAGUCAGUGUGUUCCAGUUGACAGACUUGCCCACUCUGAUGAGCAAGAGUAGAAUCUUUGAAGCUAACUCAAGGGGGAAGAUGGUGGACACUGGGGGAGCCGGUCCAAUGAGGCAAGAUAGGAGACCUCCUAGAUUCUCAAAGGGGCCAUACUCAGGCUUGGGUAAUUCACAGUUCAGAGGAAGUUCAUCUCAAGAGAAAAGCAGUGGGAGUGGCUCAAGACUGGGCUCUUUCAGAGGACCACUUAAAUAUUUUAGGUGUGAAGGACCACACAUGGUGAGGGACUGCCCACAGUCGCGGGCAACUUGUAGCAAUUGUGGAAAGUCGGGGCACAAUGCCAAUGGCCGAUUAUUGGAUGUGUUAUUUGAUUCGGGUGCUACGCAUUCUUUUAUAUCUGUGGAUUGUGUGAAGAGCCUGAACUUGUAUGUGACUGAACUGCCUUGUAAUGUUGUGGUAACUACCCCGACGGGUAAAUUAGUUAUGACAUCAUGGGUGUGUUUGGAGUGUUCAAUGAUGGUGCAUGGUAGGGAAUUUGAGGCAGAUCUGAUUUGUUUGCCUCUUUCCCAACUGGAUGUAAUUCUAAGAAUGGAUUGGCUGGCUGCCAACCAUGUACUAUUGGAUUGUAGGGAGAAGAAUUUGGUCUUCGGUGUAACAAUAACGGAGGUUCCAAGACUUAUGGGUCAGGGUGCAUGGAAGAACACGGUAAAUGCUAAGGUCUUUAUGGUGAUAUUUUCAAUGGAGACUGAAAGUGUCGUAGAGCCGGAGUACAUCCCUGUGGUGAGGGAUUUCUUGGAAGUUUUUCCUAAAGAUAUUUCUGAGUUACCGCCUGAGAGAGAGAUAGAGUUUGCUAUUGACCUUAUUCCGGGGGCAAACUCGAUUUCUGUGGCACCUUAUAAGAUGUCACCAGUAGAGUUGGCAGAGGUUAAGAAGCAAGUGGAGGAUUUAUUGCAGAUACAAUUUGUGAGACCGAGUGUGUCACCGUGGGGAGCACCAGUGCUCCUGGUAAAGAAGAAGGAUGGGAGUAUGAGGAUGUGUGUGGACUACCGAUAG